AUGGCUUCUCUUUCUCAAGAGGAGGAAAACUAUGUCAGAAUGAGUUUAUUGCUGACAGGAAUAUCUCUACAUGCAGCUAGAACCUUCUUUGAUCUUGAAUUCCAUCCGUCAUGUUUAGAAUCGUCUUUAAAGAAGGCACACAACAAACUGAUGGAGUUGAAAAAGAAACAUGUUAUAAAUGAAUUACAGUGGAACCUACUGUUCACUCGUUCUCCUGAUAUUCCAGAUUCUAAAACUUUUGAUGUCACUUUAAUGACAGCAUUACUCAGAAAUUUGACAAAAAUUUCUCCUCUUUGUGGAUAUGAUAUUUUACCUUCUGCCAUUGACACAACACCUGCAGCAGAUUUGGUUAGAAUCAAGCACUACAGAAACAACAUGGCUCACCUGAACGAUGGGAAAUUAGACACUGUGGUCUUCAAUGCUAAUUGGAAUGAUAUCACCAAUGCCAUUGCUAGACUAGGUGGGCCACAAAUGAAACAGGAAUGUGAUCAACUAAAAUCUAAAUUUUUAGAUCAGACCAAUCUUGAAAUAAUGAUGGACAUCAAACGGUCAAAUGAUGAAAUCAGGGAUUUAAAAGAAUCAUUUGAAAGUCUAAAGCUGUCACAUACUGAAAUGAGGAAAUCCCAUGAAUUAUUACAAGAAGACCAUGCUGUUGUUACAAAAGAACUUCAAGAGAUAAAAGCCUCUCAGAAGGACACAGUACCAUGGAAUGUUAGAGCACAAAUCAACAAAAAACUGGAAGACUGGAAGAACAAUGCCCGCAUGUUUAUAAUCACAAGAGCUGCAAAGCAAUUGCUGAAAAGUAUAAAGGAGAAUAGUUGUGUAACUAUUAUUGCUAGUUCUGGAGUAGGAAAGACAGCGACACUCCAAUAUGUUGCUUUACAAAUGUUAAAUGAAGAAUAUGAUGUUAUAAUAGUGUCUGAUCCAGGAGACAUUAUUAAGUUUUACAAUCCAAAUAAGAAAACAUUGUUUGUUAUUGAUGAUUUAUGUGGGAACUUUUCUGUUGACCAAAGUGACAUUAAAAGUUGGGAUCCAAUAAUUGGCAGUAUAAAAGAAAUCCUUAUAAAAAAGCAAACAAAAAUAAUUGCAGCAUGUCGAUUACAAGUCUUUCAGGAUGAAAAAUUUGGUAGUUUAUCAGUUUUUAAGUCAUGUGCAUGUAACAUGUUAUCAAAGGAAAUACGUUUGACGAAAAUUGAAAAAAAGUUGAUAGCAGAACUUUAUAUGAAAUCAAAAGCGCCUGAAAUUGCUGACUAUUAUGAUUUGUAUGAUUGUUUUCCACUUUUAUGUAAAAUGUUCCAUGAUAAUCCAAAUUUUAAUGUUGCAAAUUUAUUUCAGAGACCAUUUUCAGUUUAUGAAGCAGAAAUUGACAAGCUAGUCCAGAUGGGGCUUUACACUAAAUAUUGUGCUUUGGCUUUAUGUGUCAUGUUCAACAAUCAAUUGAAAGAAGAAAUAUUGAUAAAAGAUGUGGAUACAGAAACCAAAAAAAUCAUUAAGAACACAUGUCAGGCAUGUAAACUGGAGAGAGGAACCUCACUGUUAGUUAUACGGGAUGAACUUGACUCAUUUACACAUACAUUCAUAAGAAAAGUACAAGGAGAUUUGACAGAGCAAGGUGAAAAUUAUUAUAAAGCCAUACAUGAUAAAAUAUUUGACUUUCUAGCUUACUACUUUGGACAGAAAAUAAUCGAAUGCUUGAUUAAGAAUGCAGACAGUUGUUUGAUCAAGGAGAGAUUCUUAUUAGAACGAACGGACGACAUGGAUCAGUAUAUCAAUGUUGUACCGAAAACAUAUCAUCAAAUGUAUAUACAGAGAAUGAUUGAUGACUGGUCCGUUGGUAAAGUUCAGGAUAUUUUUAGGAAUAUUAAUAUGAAGAUACCUCAGUUCAGAGAGACAUUUUUGGAUAAUUUGACCAAGCUUGAUCCAACUAUUCAGAGAAAAUUGGCACAUACCAUAGAUAAUAAAUACCCACUAAAUGUUUAUGAUUGGUUUGUUGCUUUUAAUAAAUUUAAAUACGACACUGUGUUAUUACAUUGUUGUUUAUUAGGAUAUGUGAAUUUGAUCCAAUGGUGUUUGAACAAUGAUGUUGAUGUGGACAAAUGCUCAUUUGAUUUUCAGUCACCUGUAAUGAUUGCUUCUGAACACGGCCAUACAGACAUUGUUAGAAUGUUGUUGGAUAGAGGGGUAGACUGUAAUAGCCAUGACUCAAUGGGUAAGACUGCAUUAAUGAAGGCUUGUGAACAUGGUCGUAAAGAAAUAGUCAAAAUGCUACUAGAUCAAGAUGCAGACCUGGAAUGUCAACAUGCGGAUCUGUCACCUCUAUUGAUUGCCUGUGAAGGUGGUCAUUUUGAAAUAGUACAAAUGUUAAUACACAGAGGAGCAGACUGUGAUACAUGUGACAGUGAUGGUCGUUCUUCUAUUAUGAAGGCUUGUGAUGGUGGUUAUAACGAAAUAGUAAAAGUGUUGAUAGAUAAAGGCGCGAACACUAAUAUUUGUGACAUAAAUGGCAAGUCAUCUCUACUAAUGGCAUGUAAACAUGGUUUUACAAAAAUAGUUAAAAUGUUGAUAGAUGGCGGUGCAAACGUGAAUAAUUAUGACAAAAAGGGUAAGUCACCUCUACGUGUUGCAUGUAAACCUGGUUUUACAAAAAUAGUAAAGAUGUUGUUAGAUGGAAGGAUAUACUACAAUAAAUCUGAUGAUGAAGGUUGUACACCUUUACUUAAGGCUUGUGAACAUGGUCAUACAGAAAUAGUAAAUAUGCUGUUAGAUGGAGGUGUAUACUAUUAUAAAUCCGAUAAUGAGGAUCUAACACCUUUUAUAUCUGCUUGUACACACGGUCAUUCAAAAAUAAUUGAAAUUUUGUUAGACAAAGAAGCAGAUUAUGCAAAAUAUAACAAGUUUCACCAAUCUCCGGUAAUGAAGGCAUGUGAACACGGACAAGAGGAAAUAGUAAAGAAGAUAUUAAAAAAAGGGGUGAACGAUUAUGAAUUAAACAAUCAUGGUAUAGCACUUCUAUUAAAAGCAUGUAAAUAUGGUCACACUAAUAUUGUGAAAUUAUUGUUAGACCAAGGAGAAGACUUUAAUAAGUUUGACAUGUGGCACAAGUCACCUUUACUGUAUGCUUGUGAACGUGGUCAUACAGAAAUAGUUCAAAUACUAUUAGACAAAAGCGUGGACUAUAAUAAAUCUGACAAAAGGGAUCAAUCGCCAAUAAUGGUUGCCUGUCGAUAUGGUUAUUCCAAUAUCGUUAAGAUGUUGUUAGACAAAGGCGCAAACUAUAAUAAAUGUGACAAUCAUUGUGUGUCACCUGUAAUGAAGGCCUGUAAACACGGUCAUACAGACAUAGUUAAAAUGUUGCUUGAAAUAGGUGUAGAUUGUGAUAAUCACGAUAUCUUGGGUCAGUCUCCUUUAAUGAAGGCUUGUAAGCAUGGACGUACAGAUAUAGUUGGGAUGCUGUUAGAUAAAGGGGUAGACUAUAAUAAAAUUGACUGUAACGGAUGGACAGCUUUUGCAUUCGCUUGUUCUUAUAAUCACUCAGAAAUAGUAAAGAUGAUGUUAGAUAAAGGAGAUAACUGUAAUAAAUUGGACAAAUUUCGCCAGUCACCUUUGAUGAAGGCUUUUAUUCAUGGACAUAUGGAAAUAGUAGAAAUGUUGAUCAACAGUGUAGUUAAUUAUAACGAAUGUGACAACAUGGGAAAUUCACUUCUUAUGAAGGCUUGUUCCAGCGGUCUAACAGAAUUUGUCCAAAAACUCUUGGACAAAGGAGUAGACCCUAAUAAAUGUGACAAAAUGGGUCAGUCACCUUUGAUGUUUGCCUGUAGUCAUGGUCAAGUACCAAUUGUAAGAAUGUUGCUAGAUAAGAAUGUAGACUACAAUAAAUGUAACAAAUGGCGUUGGUCGUCUGUACUGUAUUCUUGUAAAUAUGGUCAUCAGGAGGUGUUAAGGAUGCUGAUACUCAGCGGAGCAGACAUUAAUAGAUGUGAUAACAAUGGCUGUUCACCUAUUAUGAUCGCUUGUAAACGUGGACAUAAAGGAAUUGUUGAAAUGUUGUUAAAUAAAAAGGUAGAUGUUAUAAAAUGCAAUAAUAAGGGGCAGUCACUUCUAAUGUAUGCUUGUAAAUAUGGUCGUACAAAAAUAGUUAGAAUCUUGCUAGAUAAAGGGAUAGACUACAUUAAAUGCGACAAAAAAGGUAUGUCACUGCUAAUGUAUGCGUGCAAACAUGGUAAUACUAGUGUAUUAAGGGUUUUGUUGGACAAAGGAGUAGUCUUUAAGUCUUGUUAUGUUGAUGGGGUUUCACUCAUAAUGCAUGCUUGUGAAAAUACGAAUUAUAAAAUUGUAAGGAUGUUAAAAGGAGCAGACUUUAAAGAACGUGACAGAGAUGGUCGAUCUAUAGUGAUGAAGGUUUGUGGACACAUAAAUGCAUAA